GUUUCAAAAGCGGGAGGAGAAAAACAAGGCGGCCUUGAUCCGCCGCCGUUGUAGUGGCCACUGAGCAGGAUGUAUUCAAGACCGGAGGACACUACAGGGGUUUGCAAAAUAAGGCUCCCUUGUGGAAGGCAUAGAAGAAAACCUCUUAGAAGUUCAAACUCCCCUUCAAAGUGCCAUCCGUGUUCAAUGGCUUAAUGAAUAAGGAAAAGGAAAAUUUGAAGACUUAACGAAACCUCGAGAAGGGUGAAGGGCCAACGGAGCCUUGAUCACAUAAUCCUUUUACUAGAGCAGGCCGAUCAUUCUACAACAACCACAGCCUCUCGAGAGCCUCUUGAAUUGAGAACGUCGCGCAACGGUCAUUUGGCGAGCGUUUCGCGGUUCACCUUGGCGAUGCAUCCACGAAGGCCGCAAGGAGAGCCGAGAUUGGCCUUUUGAAGGCACGAGGACAUGGAAUCGAUGGGACGAAAAUGCACCAUGACAGCAGUGCCAUUCCCAGUAUUGGACCGGGUACAACAGGCGGUGCAGGAGAAUUAGCUCUCGUCGAGAGAUUGUUUCCUCAUUCGUGAGUCGGCAGUGAUUACAUCCAUAUGGUCUUGACUUGACAUUCCAUCCAAGUUUUGGGUCAGAGACGCAUUGGAGCUGAUAUGAAUAUGCCGGAGUUGGCUUAUUUGAGAACUCGUUAUCCAGUUCGUGCUCAACAAUGGAACCCUUCACAAUGUGAACCAAACAGUCCGUGAGAAUCUCGUGGUGAAGUCGAUUCACAGAAAAAGCGAAUCGUGCAAAAACACUCGCUCGCCCUUGGUCCAAAGUUGGACUCACCGCUUCCGCUACUAAAUUGAACGAUAAAAAGUGUGUUUCGUUCUCUCUCUUACUCGCUGUGUCCCAUUUUUGCCUUCAGCAUGCCGGUAAUUGUUCAGCAAUUCCUGUGGUUUCUCGUGUUGAUAUGGGGGACAGAUUGUGUGCGACUGGUCCGUCUGACAGUGCCAAGUCACAAGUUCAUUGGUGAUAAAGCGAUUCUAGAUUGUCUCUACGACUUGGAGAACGAGCAGCUCUAUUCCGUCAAAUGGUACAAGGAUGGCAACGAGUUCUAUCGAUACAUUCCCGGUGACAUUGACCAAACAGUGACCAUUUUCCGACUCCCGGGGGUGCGGGUGGACCCACGACACUCGAAUAAGAACCAAGUGAUGGUGAGAAACCUUAAUCUACAGAGCGCCGGUCAAUAUCGGUGUGAGGUUUCAGCGGAGGCACCCUUAUUCAAUACUGUGUCACGAAGUAGUCGCAUGGACGUGGUGGUGUUGCCCAGGAAAGGUCCACGGAUAUCGGGCGGCAGCCAUACGUAUCACGUGGGUGAUCGUGUACACGUCAACUGUACUUCUGAGCGUUCCAAACCAGCGGCCACGCUCCAUUGGUACAUCAAUAACGCCCCAGCGCCCGAUUACUUCCUACAUCCGUAUCCUUCGAUUCAACACGAGGAUGGCUUGGAAACGGCCAUUCUGGGUCUCGAGUUUCAGGUCACGCCCAAGUCAUUUCCCGAGAAUGAGCUUUCAAUCAGCCUUCGAUGUUCCUCGUCUAUAUCGACAGUGAAUUCCGAGGCCCAAACCACGGAAACUCAUCACCAGAAAUCAUCGGUCCACUUCAGUUAUGGGUCGUUGUUUGCCUCAGGAUGGUCCAUUUGGCCUUCAGGCUGGCUUGUGGUCAUCUCAAUCCUGUUCCAAAUCUGCAUUCAACCCACUACAACCGCCAUUACCUCAAUGAAUUAUCCGUAAUUCAACCUCGACAUUUACGACAUUGCGUAUAUUUGGACAUGUAGCAAUUCCCGUAUGUGAGACUCUCGUGUGUUUGUGUGCCUGUAAAACGAGAUCAAGAGCGAAAAGACAACAACGAGUUGGCUCAUUUUCAUUGGCCUUUCAUGUGGAACAGAAUAUCCAAAUUGGAUACCGGGUCCGCCAAUCGCUCGGAUCAGUGGAUGCAUGCAAAAAUCUGGGAUUCAAUAUUCAACAUCCAAACUCCUGCUCCACGGAAGAUGAUUCAAUAUUCGGCCCUUGUUCCACCUUCCAUAAAAAGGAUAAUGAAGGACAUGUGAGACGACACUAUUGACCCACAAUUCCAAUGAAACUUGUGCCGUCGUUUGGAAGCCAUUGUCAAGGCAUGAAAUGGUGCGAAUUGGAAGUGGGAACAAUGUUAUGAUAGCGGAAUGAAUCCCUUUCUUGGUCCCUUUCUCUCCAACGCGUGUCUUACCACCCUUCUCCCAUUCCUCGCAAAACCAGCCUUGCAAUUUUGUACUCGGCACACAGCUCUCUACAGACACUGGCCGAAACCCAUUCUCUGCUACAUGCUGAUCAAUCCUCGGCAAUUAGAGGUUGCUCCUGUCAGCCUGGACUUGCAUUAGAGUGCCAUUAAAAAGGCAUGUCAUACGGACACUUUCGACUAGGCACGCAUCGUAUCGCUUGAUUGGUAAUGAUCCUCAUGUCGCUGCAGGACAGGAUUGGAACAGAUCUCUGCCAAUUUCCCUCAGUGUUGAGGUGUUGAGAGGACGAGGCUCCCAACUUCGUUUAUAUUUUCUGAUGGGGAUGUAAUCCCACUUGGGUCUAAAGCCACGAACCGGGGAGCCCCCCCCCACAAAAGAGGUAAAGAGAGCCUGCCUUGUCAAGAGUGGGACUUGUCCUCGAUUUGGCAACUGACUUGCCACAAAUUUGUCGAGAAAUGCGAGUUUAAUUCCACUUGCUGUUGGUAUGGCGAACACAAUUUCAACCCCCUGAGUCUCCUCGAAUACUGAAACGAAUCGAGCGUUUCGUUUGCUGUUCUAGAGUUUUCCCAUUUUUCCUCGAAAUCGCAAUUGGUGCCAAAUUAUCCGAAAAUAAUGCCCCCAUGGGAUGCCAGCAUUUGAUUAUAAGACCAUUGAACGAAUGUGUGACUACGUGCAGCGGAUGACAAUAAAAUUAUUUACUCUUGCGUUUU